AUGCCCUUUCUGCGGGUUAUUAGUGGCCUUUCAAAGAGUGGAUUCUACUACAAACCAAGAAAUCUAUUAAACUGGACUGCUUGCUUUGGCAGGUAAGUUGAGCAAGCUACCACUUGCGUAACCAAGCAUAACCUAUCUUAGCAAAAACUGCCUGGACUUUGUAAACUAGCUAGAUUGAUUAUUUUUAAUUUUUACUUAAUUGUAUUCAACAUACAAUGUUACAAGCAUGUUUAUACUUAAUUUUUUUUUUUUUUUUUAUCAGAAUGUACAUAUAUUUUCACUGUACAUGUAUUUUUUUCUCGGGGAUAUUAGCGCUUAUGUUCUGCUCAGUCAAUUCCAAGCGUGCCCAUCGUUCCCCCCCCCCCCCCCCCCCCCUCUCACACCUCACUCUUCUGAUUACCCUAUAAUUUCUCAAAUAAACCACACACACUUUAACACCCCUCACUCAUCAACACCCACAAAUCUCACACCCUAAAAACACCCUUUCAAUCAACCCCCCCCAACUUAAUCCCCUCCAUCCCCCCCCCCCCCCACCUCCUUCUAAUCACUAAACUUCGGAGUUACCGUAAAAUUCCCAAAAUAAGCCCCUGCAUAUAUAAGCCCCUCCAAAUAUAAGCCCCCCAAACUCGUAACUCAAAAAACCCUCCUUUAAAUCGCCCCUCCAAAUAUAAGCCCCCCGGGGGGCUUGUACUUGGAAAUUGCCCUCAAGACAAAGUAAAACAAGGCCAAAACGGUAAAUUUCCUUCCAUUUAUAAGGCUAGCCCAGUCGAUUUUGAAACGCAAAUUUCCCUCGGUAGAUAAGCCCUUCCAAAAAUAAGCCCCUCAAAAAGGGCCUUUGAAAAAUAUAAGUCCCGAGGCUUAUUUUCGGAAUUUUACGGUAUUCAGCGUCCUGCAUUCAGCAUUUGGUGUUUAUCAUUCUGCAAAAUACCCCUGCCAUGAAGAAGACCAGGCCAAUGGCUUAAUGUCACUGAAAAUACUGCAUCACAGGCAACAUGAUCUUACCAGUAUUUUAAAGUCCCUGGUUUAAGUGAUACUAAAUCUUUGCAUUUUAGACGGUCACUAAUGGAACUGUAUUUUAUUUAGUGUGAAUAAGACUGACGGCAUAUUUGAUUUACCUUUUAUCAGCAGGAAGUUGACUCAAAUCAGACAUGCAUCAUCUGCUGUGUCCCCUGGCCAUAGGAUCUCUGCAAUAACUACUAACAAUGAUUCUGUGUCUGUCAGUUGGACAGAUGGAAGCACUGCUGAUUUUCACCACAUCUGGCUGCGAGAUCAUUGCCGGUGUCCUCAGUGUUAUAAUUCUACCACACAUCAGAAAGAGUUUAAUAUAGUGGAUAUACCCCUUGACAUUAAACCUUUUGAUGUGUCCUUGAAUGGUCCUAACAGCUUGUCAAUCAAAUGGCCAGACAGUCAUGAAACUGAUUUUGAUGCUGAAUGGUUAAAACAGAAUUGCUAUGGGAAGCAAGGUGCCUUUGCGGUAACCAGACAAGCAGAACAGAAGCAAAAGCAUUUCUUGUGGGACAAAAACAGCAUUGAAACUAACCUACCUUGUCCUCUUCAAUAUGGCAAGAUCACUUCUGACGAUGAUGAGCUCAAUACACUCUUUUUUCGGAUUGUUAAGUAUGGCUUUGCAUUUGUAGAGGAUACACCCACCACUGUUGAUGCUGUAGAAAAUGUGUCUAAACUGUUAGGUGGUUUUGUCAAGGAAACACACUAUGGCAAAAUGUGGGAAUUUUCAAAUGAGGUGAUGGAACAUGCAGACACUGCAUACACUUCAGAUUACCUCCGUGGACACGUCGAUAGCACCUAUUUCUCCCACCCUGCUGGACUUCAGUUGUUGCAUUGUGUGGGGCAUGAAGGAACAGGCGGACUGAAUUUGCUAGUGGAUGGUUUCUUCGCAGCAGAAAAGCUGAGACAAGAAGACAAGGCGUCCUUUGAAAUCCUGUCAUCCACGAUUGCCCGCUUUCACUACAAGGAUGAAGACCUUCAUUUGAAAGCACAUGGGCCAAUCAUUGAAAUAGAUCCAUUUGAUGGAUCUUUGUCCCAGAUAAGGUUUAAUAAUUAUGAUAUGGAUAUCAUGGAUUGGUUGAAAUAUGAUGAAGUUACUCAGUUUUACAAGGCUUUAAGAGCAUACAGUGCUAUCACGUGUGCCCCUGAGAAUCAAUUCUGGUUCAAGUUGGUUCCUGGUUUGUUGUUGAUUAUGGGUAACUGGCGGGUUCUCCACGGAAGGUCAUCAUUUACUGGAAGGCGGUCCAUGCAAGGGUGCUAUAUCAAUGGAGAUGACUUCUUUGGAAAAUACAGAGCAAAAGUAUUGGCUCUAAAGAAGACUUAA